AUGACCGAAUGCCUCAUGGAAUGUGUUAUGAAAAAACAAUGUCGUUUGGCUUGCUUUGGAGCUCUUUCAAAAGUGGAGACUUUCAGUCAUGGGUAUGAGAAGACAACCGUGGUUUGUUUCUCCAUCACACAUGUAAACUGGAGUCGCCAAGGAGCGAGUGCGCAGAAACGGCGUGGUGGUUUGUCCGCUCUGUCCGUUCGGAGGUUAGAACCGAGGUGGCACAUGGAGAGAGGCCGAACCCCCCGUCUUGGACUUGACCUCUCCCAAUUUUAUGCCAAAGGCGAUCGAGAACCCUCCCUCUUCGAAGUCCCUCGUCCAACCAUGGCCACCACCGGUCGUACCCCUGACCACAAUCCACUGAAGCGUCUCAAGAUCGAGGACGAAAAAGAUCUCAUCAAAAACCUAAGUAUUGCUCAAGCCUUUAGCACCGAGUACUCCAACGACGACCUUUCAAAGGCCAUUGCCUUUCGCUAUCCAGACAAAUGCUCGACCAUCCGAGGAAGCGAUGUCCAAUCCAUCUUCAGCUACCUCGAAGCCAAUCCCCACUGUAGUAGAGACUAUGCUCGGUUCAAAAGCAUGGCGGCACGAAACAAGUAUGGCAACGGCAUUCGAGAGGUCCAGGACGCCUUGAGAGAGUGGGACGUCGACAUCGAUAUGGCGAAGCGCAAAUAA